GCUGCGAGUGCUAGAGAGAGCGCGGCCGCCCGCCUUCCUCCUCCUUCUCUUCGCAGGCAGCUCGUACGGCCGUGAGAGUCAGAGCAGAGACGGUGAUUCACACUGUACUGUAAGAAACAAAAAUGAAGAAGAUGAGGCCAAAAAAGGACUUGACUUGGUAUGGCAGAGGGCACUGAGGAAUGUAAGAGAUGGGCUGAAGCUUGAAACUGAAGUGCUGGACGGGAAGCCGAGGCUGAUUUUAGCCGCUUCUGAUAAAGCAAAGCCUGCAAUGAAGAUGGGAAAUAAAGCCAAAGGGUCUAAACAGACUUUGAGAAUAAGGCAUACUGAGCAUAUGCUGAGGUCAACACGAAAUGCUUGCAUCAAUCAGGAAAACUUAGCAAAAUCAAGGAGUGGAUCAAGCUUAUCAGUGUCAAAAGGUGAAAGAGUGCAAGUAACUAAACCUUCCUCACGUGAAGCUACAACUAAAGAUCACUCUUUGAUUUUCCAAAGAGACACCACAAAUAGGAAACCUGAUUCUGAGAAUCUUAAUGUUCGAGAAAGUAAACACGAAGCUCAAAAUGCACAUAUAUCAGCUGAAGACCUAAGAAGUUUGGUGUGUUUAACACAAGAACAGCUUCAGCAGAUUUUGAUGAUUGUAAAAGGAGAAACUAGGCACAUCUCUGAGACUCCCAGUGAAAAGCAAGAGGAAAUAGGCACUAGUGAGGCAUCAGAGGAAACCGUUGUAGCAUUGCUCCAAAACACUUGUGAAAUUCCAUCUGUUCCAGAUAAGCCUAACUCUAAUUCAAGCAGGAAAGAAGAGUCAUAUCCACAACCAAGAGAGAAAGUUAUAAAAGAGUCCUGGAAACCCGCUGACAUGUUUAGCACCUUGGGUGAAAGAGAAGGAGAGAAAGCCUUAUUAGAAUCAAGAAAGAGCCAGUGGAAGAAGGAAUUAGAUGAACAGGUAGCACUGAAGAAGAAACUGAAAGAAACCUUGGAAGGAGAUGUGAUUUAUUUAGGGGCAAAAUCUGGCAAUGAUAAAAACCAUACAGAAAAAAUGGAAACAGCUGACCCAGAUAAGGAAGUUGUGCUACAGGAGCGACCUUUGAGUGCUUUGAAGCAUGAGCAACAGAAGAAGUGGCUUGAAGAGCUGGACAAACAGAAGGAAGAAGCUAAGCUACGAAAAAUAGAAGAAAAAAUGAAUUUAUCAAAGGCUGAAGAGCAUGACAGAUGGGCAAUGCAUUUUGAUUCUUUAAAGAACCACCUUAAUACUAACGCACAACACCCCUUAAAUGGAAUGUACAAAAAGCAGCCUGAAAGUCUUUGCCUGUCACCUGACCCUAAGGAGCUGACUGCUUUUGUUCACCCUUUCUCACCUGCAGCUUUAGGCAACUUCAUGCCCUCAAAAGUGGAAAAUGCAGAAAGAGGUGCUAAAAACAGUGCUUUGGAUCACAGUCAGAAAACCAGUUUCCUUCGUUCAAUGACAGCUCUCCUGGAUCCUGCACAGAUUGAAGAGAGAGACAGACGGCGGCAGAAGCAGUUAGAACAUCAGAAAGCAAUAAUGGCUCAGGUAGAAGAAAAGCGGAAGAAGAAACAACUGGAAGAAGAGAAGAGAAAAUUGGAGGAACAAGAGGAAGAACAGCGCCUAGCACGAGAAAAAGAACUGAUGCAGAAACAGUUUGAAGAAGAUCUGCUUAAACAAAAACAGAAGGAGGAACUUGUGAUUCUGAAAACAAAUGAGCUCUAUCAGACAAUGCAGAAAGCUCAAGAAUUAGCCCAGAGAUUAAAACAGGAACAGCGCAUCCAGGAUUUGGCUCAGAGGGGACAUGACAUUUCAAAACUUCAGAAGAGUCUUGGUGGGGGUGGCAGUGAAUUUGAAAACCGUAAUACUGAUGCUUCACAUCGAAGUCCUAAUUUCUCUGCUGCCAUUAACACUGAUCAGCAGAAUUCUCGGAAAGACACUGCUGUACAGACAGAUGACUGUACUACUUCAGCAUACAUUGAUGCAGCUGAGGAAAGAACUUCAUGUUGUGGGUCACCGGAUAUUUCCAUAGAAUAUAAAGAAACCUCUAAUAGCAAAAAAUAUCAGAAAGAAAUGCAGUAUACAGAUAAAAACAGAAUUUCAGGACAAGAGAAUGGUGACAUCCACAGUGAGCUGUAUGAACAAUAUGCAAGAAAAGAAAGACAAGUUAAACCUUCAGAAAAACCUGGCAAAAGACCUGACUGGAACAUAAACAAGCCUGAGAAAAGAUACAUUCCAGCAUCAGAAAGAUACCCCAAACCACUGCAAAAACAAAGGGAAGAAAAUAAAGUAAGACGACAAAUGGAGCUGCUUCAGUUGGUAGAAAGAAAUACGCCUGGGAAUCUCUACCAAAAAAAGGGUUGUUGCUCAGAUGGGUCUCCUUCACCUCAUGAAGAACUGAAGAAUAAGGGACAUAGAAUCAGAAAGGAAGAACAACUCCGUAAGAAUCAUUUGAAUGAAGAAAGAUCUGACUCACCACCUGUUCCAGCAGUUAAGAAUAGAUUACAAGUACAACAAAAACAGAUAUGCACCAGGAAAUUGGAAGUAUAUAACAACAGUAGAAGAGAGAAAAAUACCAAGGCAGAUGUGCAGCAGAAGAGCUUCCCUCCUGCGCUUCCAGAAGCUGGACGACCUCCUUCUUCACAGUUCAUUCCAUACGUUCGAACAAACGAAGUGUAUUAUCUCGAUCCAGAUGCACCAGUGACCAGACCUUCAACACACGGCCCGCAGUAUCGACAGUGUAAUGAUUCUUACCAAGUGCCACGACAGAUUUUUAGCUCUGAUCACACUAGAGAUCCUCUUCUAAAUCCUGAUGUAGUUAAAAUAAGAGAGAGACAACAAGCGAUUCUAAAAGGACUGUCAGAACUACGGCAGGGCCUCCUGCAGAAGCAAAAGGAGUUGGAGUCAGGUCUAAUUCCUGUUAAAGCUCAAGAAGAGAACUUUAUUUCACCAUUUUGAAAGGUACUUAAGACUGUCCUGAAUUAUUUGAAUGUAGAAGCACAGCAUUUUGCUACUGUAAUUGUGAACUAUAUUAUUUUUAUUAAAUAAAUUAUUAUGCAAUUUUUGAUAGGAUUACAGGGUCACUUUACUUUUACUAUUACUUUUCAACACGAAAAUAAAUUUAACUACAUUUUCAGAAUGGUCCUUGUGCUGCCUGAAGACACGUCCCUUUAGUAUAGACACCAAAAGACUGUGAAAAGUUGCUACCUGGAUUGUUGUGGUACUGUGCAUUUUUUUUUAAUAAAUAAGAUUCACGAUUCAUUGUGAACGGCUUUAAGAGAGGGGAUGGAUAUUUUUAAAUACAGGAAACAGAUUGUACUUUAUUAUCCAUUAUAUUAUCAUUAUAUUCAUUAUUUACCACUGCAGAAAUGCUGUCUCCCACCCCAACUGAAAGAGGAUAGUGACACUUAAUACCAUAUGGUAUUAAUAAUGGACUGAGUCCACGACAGCAGAAUUCAGUUUAAAGAAGUCAGCUUAAAAACAAAGGUCUGAACAGCUCAGCAUUCAAUGCUUCCUCCUUCCUGGAGUUAAACAUUAGAUUCAUUUCCUUUUGGGCUUCAAGAUACAGGAUAAUUUGAGGUAGAAGAAUUUUUCUUCUAGAGGUUCUGCAGAAGGUGCCUAAUCUGAAUUCAUUUUAGUUGAGAUACAUGAUAAAAUACUACAAAACCCCCAAACUGAGUUUUUUCAGCAGCAACUGUUCUAAAAAAUAGAAUAUGAAAGUAUCUUACCAGCAGCAGCUAAGGGAAUGAAAGCAGACUCUGUCCUCUCCACUUGCAUGCCAAGUCUCGUACAAGGUGAGCCCACAGUUGACGACGGACUUGGUAGAAUGGUUUUUCACAAAGUCCAUUCAAGUUUGUUGAUAAAGAGACAAGAGUACUUACAUGUAAGUGGUAAGGGGCAGAGGUAUAUACCAGUCUUGUCAUGGUUUGUCCUUAAUUUAAGGAAGUGAGUCAAACAAGCAUUCAAGACUGAAUGGUGUUUUCUCUGCUCUUCCAAAGCCUAUAAUUUUUAACCAAUUCUAUAUAGGCCAACUAACUUUGAGUUUACAGUUAUGUAGUUUCAAACACUAUUACCCAUUUCUAAACCACCCGUCAUUCAAACACUAAGAUCAAAUUACAAAACAGCAAAGAAAUACGACGUUAGACAAUUUGAAAACAAGUAAACACAGAAGUCAGCACAUUAGCAUAUGUACAAACACAAAUUGUACCACGGGUAGCAGUGAGACAACCCCAGCUGUGUACCUUCAAGUUACUGUUACCCAGCAGCCUUGAGAUGAUGCAUGAGCUGAGUCAAAUAAAGACUUGCCUCAGGAAAGUAAGGUUAACUCAGCAAAUGUGAAAUUUGAAAGGUCAAGCUAAAAAAAAGAUAGAACUCUACAUGCAGAGUAAUACCAAAUCUAAGAAGCAGGAAAGCACCAGGAAUCACUGUGCAGGAGGAAGUAGGGCAGGAGGCAGGUUGAAUUACUGAGGUCACUAAAACAUCCCUGCUGUAGUUAUAAGGGGAAGAUACAAGUUUUAAGAUCAUUCUG